CAUGCAACACGGCUCACUUGGCCCAUCAUCGUCGUCUCGAAAGACUACAGUAACCAGCACAGCGGGCUCCGUUCACCUUCAUCACCGCUCUUCAAAUGGUUUCUCGACAGCAUCACGAGCUCAAUUGAACCGUCACAAUGAAAUGGAUUUUGGGAAAAUGUUUGCGGCAAUGGAGAAAGGUCACAAAGUGUGCAAAAUUGCGGUGUUGAAGAAAUGGGAUCCAGCCUAUAAACAAUUAACGUUGGAUCGGUACUCGAGGCAGAUUUUUCUGACAAAAUUGGAACUGUCAGCUGUUAGAAAUAAACCGACAAUUCUAGAUAUUCGACAAAUCCGUGAAGUACAGACAUUGAAUUACAAAUUGAACACAAUUAAAGUAGAUGAUAAAUGGAAAAAGGAUCGAGAAAUCGUAAAUUUUGAUUCAAAAGCCAUUCUAAUCAUCUCAUAUGGAAUGGGAUUUGCUCUUUCCUAUUGGAUUCUUUUGUUUGAAAGUGAGGAUGCGUGCAAAUUAUGGUCACAAGGACUUCAUAAUUUGAUGAUGGACACAAGAGAUCGAGACUCAUCCCCUCAUCCAUUGAGAAUUGAACGAUUUCUGCAUAAACACUUUUUGAGUUUAAUGUCACCGGCUAAUGAUGCCGUUGCUCGAAAGCAUAUGAAACCAUUUGUUCAAACCUCCCUCCAAUUCAAAGUUCAAUCUGAUCAGCUCCAACAAGUGACAGAAGAUCAAAUGAAUUCUGAUCAAUUCAGUUUUGCCAGUCGUCAACUUAUCCAUGUACCUGAACUCUUCUCUUCAAGAUUCGCUGAUCUUGCUGAAAAACAUGAACGAAAAGGUCUUGUGGUGACGUUUCAAAAUUUUUUGCGAUUUCUUGAUGGCAAACAAUUCGAUGAACUUGCCUCGAAUCGAACGAGAGCUUUGGAGUUUUUGAAUCGAUAUUUUCAAGAAGAUCAAGCAUAUUUUGGAGAUAGAAAUGAGCCUUCAAUGACUGUUUUCGAGUUUUGUGAUUUUUUAUUUUCAAGGGAGAAUUCGCUGUGGGACCCAACAAAUGAGAAAGUUACUCAUGAUAUGAGCAGACCAUUGUCUCAUUAUUGGAUUGCCAGCUCGCAUAAUACAUACUUGACGGGUGACCAACUUCGAUCUGAAUCUUCUUUGGAUUGUUAUGCUCAAGCUCUUUUGAUGGGUUGUAGAUGCAUUGAGUUAGAUUGCUGGGAUGGACAGAAGAAGCCCGGGUCAGCCGAGUUCAUUGAUAUUGUCAUCUAUCACGGGUAUACGAUGACCUCAAAAAUUUUGCUCCGCGACGUGCUUCACGUCAUCCGUCACUAUGCAUUUGUUACGAGUGAAUAUCCAGUAAUUCUAUCAAUUGAGGACAACUGCUCGGUGCCAGCUCAACGGCUUCUAGCUCAAGAACUGAAAGAUAUUCUUGGUGAUUAUUUAUUGACACAACCAGCAAAUCGUGAAGAAAAACAAUUGCCCUCCCCGGCCGCGUUGAAGAAGAAAAUUAUCGUGAAGCAUAAGAAGUUGCCGAUAGAAAGCGAGGAUUUGGCAGCUGUGGUGAAAACUGAUGAGUUCCAAGACACGGAAAUCAUAUCUCGCGAAUGUGUAAAGAAGGGGAUCCUGAUGGUAAAAAACAACAACAGUCACGAAUGGACAUCUCAUGUUUUCAUAUUAUUCCCUGAUCGUCUUUGCUACCUGAUUCAAACCGCUGAUCCUGAAAAUCCAAAUGACGAUACAGUGAGUGUAAGUGGAGAUGAAGAACGGGAAGAAGAGACGCCUUCUGGAUUUGGAGUGAAACCUGAAGAAAUGCAUGUGACUGAAGAAUGGUUCCAUGGAAGAUGUGAACGGGAUGAAGCGAAAAAACGGAUUCUAGAGCAUAAGGAGAAGGGAAAUGGAUUGUUUAUGAUUCGAGAUUCGAAUCUGUUCAUUGGAGAUUUCUCACUUUCGAUUCUACAUGACGGGAAAGUUCAUCAUGUUCGGAUAAGAUCCAAGAUUAUUGAUAAAGAGAAAAAAUAUUACUUCAUGGAUAACAAAGUCUGCGACACUCUUUACGAGUUGGUCUCUUACUACACCCGUCACUACCUCACAACUGCUCAUUUCAAAAUGGUGCUCACGAUUCCAUGUCCUCAACCACAACCGCAUCUUAAUCAGCCAUGGUUCUCUGCUACUGCUGACAAGGAAAAAGCCGAAGAACUUUUGAGCUUGGUGCCAGAAGAUGGUGCUUUCCUAAUUCGGACGUCAUCGACUGACUCUUCAGUUUACGUUCUUUCGCUAAAAGUCGACGGCGAAUUCUGGCAUUAUCGAUUGAAAAGAGAUGGAAGAAUUUUCGUGGUGAAUCAAAAAGUAUUCGAGAAUUUGAAUCAAAUUGUUGAAUUCUAUGCGAAUCGAGAAUUUGUUAGAGGAAUUAGUCUUCGAUUCCCUGUCAAUGAGAAGGAUAUAUCACACCUGACAGCUGAACUUGCAGAAGCUCGUACUCCAGGUUGCUAUAUGGAUCUGAAGGAUUUGGAUAAAGAAGUUCAAGCUCGAGCACUUCGACCGUAUCGAGGAACAGCUGAUGAUGAACUUUCGUUCCCAGCGAAUGUUAUUAUCACAGUACUCCGGAAGGAAGAAGGUCUUUGGAGAGGAAGAUAUGGAUCGUUGACUGGAUGGUUCCCUUCGGCCCAUGUACAAGAGAUUCUACCAGAGAAAGUUUCAACUUCAGAAACUAGCAACUACAACACAAUCGAGCUAGCUGGAACACUAAUUGAACGGAUUCAUGAUGCUGAUCGUCCGAAUGUUAUCAGAAUAUCACAAUCAAAUCAACAUUGGAUGAACAAGCAAUAUUAUUUGUUGGCUGCUUCUUCCUCCGAGGAAGCAGAUGGUUGGCAAAACAAUCUCUUCGAGCUGACUCGUUCAGUUAACACAAAAAUGAGCAUACUCCGAACCAAAGAAAAAGAAAAACGAAUUGCCGCUGAGCUCUCAAAUCUAGUCGUCUACUGUCAAGCUGUUCCAUUCGACCCAGCCCAUAUCUACAAUGACGCUUUCUAUGAAAUGUGCUCAUUUGUCGAGGGAAAACUUGACAAACUGGUUGAAAAGGGGCUUCUUCCGUUUAAUUCCCGAAAACUCUCGAGGGUCUAUCCGAACGGAAGUCGAAUCACAUCGAAUAAUUAUAGUCCGGUUCCAAUGUGGAAUGCAGGAUGUCAUAUGGUUGCACUAAACUAUCAAACCGGUGAUAAACCCAUGCAGUUGAAUCAAGGAAAGUUUUUGGCAAAUGGAAGAUGCGGGUACCUACUGAAACCAGAUUAUAUGUUAACUGAUGACUUCGAUCCUACGAACACGGAAAAGUUUGCAACAGCUUAUCCCAUUCGACUGAAUGUUCAAGUGAUUGGAGGACGUCAUUUGUCAAGAAAAGAUAAGAAUAAAGGAAUAUGCUCCCCAUUUGUGGAAAUUGAAAUUAUUGGAAUGCCAUGUGACACAAAAGUUUUUCAAACUAAAACUAUAGCAUCAAACGGUCUUAAUCCGAUCUGGAAUCAAACUUUCACAUUUGAGAUCCAGUGUCCCGAAGUAGCACUGAUCAGAUUCCACGUGGAAGACGGUGACUUUGUGGGACCAAAAACAGAUCCGUUCAUUGGUCAAGCAGUAUUCCCUGUUGAUUCAAUUAGAUGUGGAUUCCGAUCAGUUCCACUCAAAAAUCAGUACAGUGAGGAGCUUGAGCUCUCUUCACUGUUAGUUGAUGUACAAAUGUGCUCCAGAGAAGGAACUCAAUUGAUCAGGUCGUCGUCGCAUUUCUUGCAGGCGAGUCGUCUGGCUCCUGUCUUCGCUCACCGUAAGAUCACAAAUGGCGAUAGUAUCCCUCGUGAGAUGGCACCUCGGUUACGAACAUCAGCCACCGAUCGUUCACUAGACUCUCCAACAAAUUCCGAGUCAAGAGCCACUCUUCUGAGCGGCCAACGAGGUAGCCAAGACUCUAUGGACAGCGCUGCCGAAACAUCGUCCAUUGCAUCUGGAACAAUAAGCUCUCGGGAUGGAAAGAAGAAACAAAACUGGCUCAAGAAGUUCUCAUUUGGAAAAAGUAGUAAAUCAUAGAUAUAAACUCAGCACUUUCCGUUCUGUUUUUUGCCACAAAAUUUUGGAGCAUUUUUUAUAGUUUAAGUUUAAAUAUACCCGGUUAGUUUCAAUCAAUACAAGUUACUAGUUACAACUCAAAAUUCGAUAUUUCUCAAUUAUUUCCGCAUUCCUCCAAAUCCAAAAUGUGUUCAUUCCUCAUCAUUCCUUCCUCUUCUUGUUUAAUUUUUUUGUUUUUUGACACUUUUUUUCAUUUCAAGUUCAAACCUCAUCGGAUUCUGCUUUAACUUAUGACAAUUCUCCCAAACACUUCCAAGUCAAUUUAAUUAGUUUUGCUGAGAUUUUUCUUGUACCUUUUAUUAUUAAUUGUUAAUAAAAUUAUGCAUUUUUUGGU